GUUAUAUUGUCGAUGAUCUAAGUUUCAACUACACUGCUUUUGGUUGUCGUGACCUUGACGUACGGUCAACAGAUAGGCCUGGUGGUGUCUGUUCGCGUGCGUUGUAGUGUGGGAUAAAGGAAGAUGGUUCUAGAUUUUAAUUAUAAGGUUGUUUGAGCGUUUUGGCUGCUCAAUCAAAGCGUCAGUCCUGGUAGGUAAUUUCGCAGACCUAAAUAUAUGUAGACGAGCCUAACAGUAUAUAUUAUGACUAUAAUCAUAGUAGUAAGUCUCUUGUCAAGAAACGUUGGGGUAUCCGACAUUUAGGGCCAACUUUCUCAUCUCGAGUUCCAGAUCCAUGAUGAAUGUGGUCUCGUUUCCACGUCCAACGUUUUUCAGUCCACAUCCUUUUCUGGCCCACAAAAUUGUUAGUUGGGGUUUGUUUAACAUAGAAAUUUAAUCUGAAGCAUUAGGGAAUUCUGGACACAGCCUUGUCUCAUCCACCAGGCAAAAGUAUAACCUAUUUUGUGAAACAGUACAUUAGAGCUGCAUAAAAGAGGAGGUUUUCUAACAGGAAGUAUUUUCUAGUCAGGUGUAGGGUAAUUAUCUCUAGAGAAAGCGUAAUCGUCUUUUAGCAUCUGUUUUUUGGCAUGAAGUCUUCACAGUUAAUGGUCAUCAAUGUGACCAUAAUUUAAUCCCGCAUCAUCAGUCUUCGGUAGUAUGGAUAAGCGAUUUUGGAAGUAUGACUGGUUCACUUCAAAAAAAGUUGAAUGCACACUGGGCGAGGUGUGUUCCUGAUAAACGACUUGCAAUUCAGUUACUUCGAGUUACUCCGUUUAUUUUUAUGGCAAGUCGAUCAACUAUGGGCAGCCUUCUUUGCUGUGACGUAGAGGAACCUUUUGCUGUACUGUCUACAUCAUCUAAUCAAUAUCCUAGGAUCUAUGAUGGUAACUUAUGGAUUAGUGCAAAAUUCGUGUCCUAUGUACGCGACCCUUUACCCAAGUGCAGUCGCCGUAUACGCGUUAUCGAAACCUGCUAUUGGUUAAUUAGAAUUUUGAGCUAUUCUAUUCAGUAUCUUGAGGAGAAGAAGGAGCACUUUGCUUUUAUCGAAUCUUUUUCAAUUAUCCAGGAAUUUCAUACCAAUGCAACAGUUUUCUCUCAGAUGAUUGGAGUGACUGAAGCUAUUGACAACACGAAUAAAAACCAUAUUCUUUCACGUUCACCAGUACGGAAAAAAACCAUACCCAAGAAGAAACGUGUUGGUGCUAAUAAAAAUAAAUGUGAUUUUCCCAGAUCAUGCUCUAAUAUACAUCCGACAGAAAAUCCUCCUCAACACUACUUUCCUUUAAAACCAUCGCCUAAAACAUCGUUUAUUGUUGAUAGCUUGCCUGGUGUUUUCGCUGUUGACAAGCCAACAAAUUAUAUAGUCACAAAUUCUCCAACAGUUAUUGAAAAUAAAGAAAAUAUCCCAAUCACAGAAGCUCCAAUGAUGCAUUCAACCUCACCCUGUUCAAAAGACUCAUCACUUUUCAAGGAUCUCUUCGAUAGCAAUGAUGAUUACUCUAUUGAACUUACAAAUCUCUCUAACAGUUUUAUGACGAGUGAAAUAUUAACGCCUUUCGCGAAAUUAUCUCAAAAUAAUAAUACAGAUAUAAUCACUUCCGAAGUAGCACAUCCUCAGGCGCCACUUUCCGAAUCUCAAAGCAAUAAUUCGUGUUCACCCAGUACUCAGUAUUUUUCUGUUCAGGAUGCAAGUGAUUUCUCAAUUCUGAAAACUUCAAAUUCUUCCGUUAUGGAAAUUAACUCAAAUGGACAGAUAACCGACUCACUGCUUGGAUCAACCUGUGGGGUGUAUAAUAACACUGAUUUAACGAAUCAUUCUGUUGUUUCCAAAACUGAUGAACGAAAUAUGAAUGGUCAAAGUGUUAAUGUAACCGUAAACUCAACACUGCCAUCCCUUCAUAAGGAUCCAUCCAUUGUUGAUUGUGUACGGGACUCAGUUGUUCAGUUCGUUCAAGGAAUAAAGAGGAAAUUUUCACCGAAGGGGACAUGGGUUAAACCAUUAAUAGGUCGUAUUCUGAAGCCAGUUUCUGAGAAUGAACUACAGCCUAUUGCUAAACGUCCACGAAAUUUCGCUUCAACUCAUUCUCCCACUACUUUGAGAUCUGCAAUAACUGUUUCAUCGCCUAUUAUGUCGAGUAUAUCGUUGACAGAUACCAAUCGUUCACUUGGGAGUCUGGGGAUUUCUUCAUGCACACUUAAUAGAUCAAAAUCUUAUUCUAGUAAUCCUGUAAAUACUCCUCGUUCCCUGCCGAUGGUUCGUCAUAGAGAACGACAGCGUAAUCCACUGCAUGAAGUCGUUUCCUUCAGUAACAGUAGUAUCUUAAAUUCAACAAACUCCACUGAAUCUCCGUCAUGCUCUGUAACUAAUAGUAUAAACAAACAAAAACCACUGAGUAACCAUGAACAAAGGAUUCUUAAAGGUUACAUUGAUUCAAUUAAUGAAAUUCGCCGAAUUCCAGUGAACGAAGACAAUUUUUCAGAAUUAAGGAAAAGUUUUAACUUGUAAAGAAAAUUAAUUUAUUUUAUAUCCUAAUUGAUAUUCUGUAUAUAUUCUAUUUAUAAUCUCUUCCUUUGAAAAGACUUUAUUUUUCUACUAGAUAUAAAUAUAAAUAAUUAUUAAAGUAAUUAUCUUUGUUCAGACGUUUACUUAUGGUCUUUUGUAAUACAAAACUAGUAUAUGUAUGAUUGGGGAAUGGUGGUAGUGUUCAUACUAUUUUAUCAUUGUUUUCAUAGUUGUAAUACAUAGAAGCUACAACUCCUCUAUGGUCACAGAUUUAUCAGUGUCAAUUGUCCGGUGGUGAUUAAGUUCGACUACUUACAAGGUUUGUGUAGACGUGAAAGCUACUUUUUCAGUCAAAAAGCAUAAGUUUCACCGAUUCGGCUAUUGAGUUAAACGCAGGACUACCAGAGUAGAAUCAUGUAAAUACAUCAUAUUUUUAAAUACAGUUGUAUGGUUUGAAUCUUCGAGUGAGUGAGGCUUUAACAAGCGUAGGUAUUGAUAUCUUUAUAUUUUUAUACAACAAUACAGGACUGAAUCAAUUCUAUGACCUGUUUCAACCCGAUAGUUUGUAGUAGCGCAUUGUAAAUAUUGGUCGUCUAUUAUUUCUAGAAUAUUGGAAUUUAUUCGUUCUUACAGUUAUUUUUGUACAAAUCUAGCCACCUUUACUCUUUCUUGUUGUCAGUCUAUCCAUGUAACCAUAAAUGUGAUGCGAAUAAUUGUAUACUGUUUAAGAUCUUGCUGAGACAUGGAUUUCGUUCUGUCAAUAUUAAUGGGAAUCUAGUUGGUAUGACGAAACUCUUUAUGGGAAUAAUUUCUCUCAAUGUAGCAUUUUAAAUGCUGCCUUUGCUUUGCCAAUCCUCGCAUAUACAUCUGCAUCCGAUCCUCCUUGUUUAUCAACGAUGCUCCCCAGGUACUUGAAUGUUUCCACCUCUUCCAGAGUUUCGCCAUCAAGUGUUAUUGGUUUGGUUGGUGUUCUCCGUGUUGCAUUUGAGAAUCUUGCGAACAGUCUCAUAAUCUGUAGGUCGUGAGUUCGAGUCUCACCUGUGGCAGGAACAAAUAAGAAACCGUGAAUAAUAUUGGUAUAACAUACAUUUGAAGUCUGUUGGUUUUUCCAUUUAUAGAACAUACAAAAUUAAUAUCUCUAUUUUUUUUUGAAAAAUAAUAACAACCUAUUUAUUUUAAUGAAAUUAAAACUUUGAAUGAAUGUCUUUAUAAUUACGAAUAGAAUAAUAAUUAAAGGUUGGAUAAUUAUACUGUUUAAACAAACCUUAGUUAUUAAUUUAGUCUUCUCAAAUUAAAAUUGAAUAUUUCAAAGUGAUUAUUAAAUACAGUAUUUCUGUUUUAGAAAUAUGCACUGUGACAGUUAUUACUUUUAAAUUAUUACAAUCUAACCUGCUCUAGGUGGAUAGUUCUGUCACUGUACAAAGAAAAACUGGCAAGAAGGGAGUAUAAACUUAAUUUAUCUUAAUGAUAAAUAUCUAACAGUAAGCCUUUAAAAUGUUUCCCAGUUAAUUGGUCUGUCGAGUUGUUACAUUAACUGUCUCAGUUUAAAGUCAAUGUUUUUAGGAAUUAUAGAUUAUUAACUUAUGUAUAAUGAAUAGUUAAUUAGUACCAAUGUUUUAGAGGAAAACAAAAAAAAUGCAAAUUUGUGCAUCAACCAGAAUUAUUCAAAUAAUCCGCUAGAUAUUUAUUUAAAGUUUCUUUACAGAAGUGGUCAGUUGGG